AUGGUGCACCAUUCGGGGUCGAUUCAGUCCUUUAAGCAGCAAAAAGGCAUGCACAACAGCAUCAGUGAGAUCCUGAAGGAGAAGACCCUGAAGCCCACCCGCCGCAGCCUGCCCUGCCUGGCGCCCAGCCAGACCCACCCCCUCAACCUCAACCACUUCCUGUCCGUCCCCCUCAGCCCCAGCGAGGCCCAACCCGAGGCCCCGCGCAUCACCCACAGCAUCAGCUCCUCCUGCAGCCUGCUGCCCCCGCAGCCCGCUGAGGAGAGCAAAGACCGCUAUGUGGAGGAGUCCGAGUCCCGGGCCUACGAGCCCCCCGCCAACCAGUCCUUCCUGGUCCAGAAACACGUGACCCGGGCCCGACUGGAGGCGCGGUCAGACUCUGUUCAGGGGAAGAAUCGACCCAAGUCGUCAGGGCUGCUCCUGCGAGACGGUAAGAAGAGGAUAGAUUACAUCCUGGUGUACAAGAAGUCCAGCCUGCAGGUGGAGAAGAGGUGCACCUUCGAGAAGAACCUGCGGGCGGAGGGCAUGGUGCUGGAGAAGGAGCCCUCUCUGACCAACAACGACAUCAUGUUUGUGAAGAUCCACGCCCCCUGGGACACGCUCUGCAAGUACGCAGAGCAGAUGAACAUACGAAUGCCCUUCAGGAAAAAGUGCUUUUUCACUGACUGGAAGAGCAAAAACAUUCGCAGCCGCUUCCAGCUGCGCUGCGCCCAGAUAAAGAGCUGGCUGCCCAGGAACCCCAUGAAGCUGGACAAGGCCGCGCUGCCCGACCUCCAGGACACAGACUGCUACACCGCGCCCUUCACCAGGGCCCGCAUGCACCACUUCACCAUCAACAGCAGACAGUCGUUCUUCUCAAACUCGACCAGAAGCAGGAUCGUCCACCAUGUUCUCCAGCGCACCAAGUACGAGGACGGCAAGUCCAAGAUGGGUAUCAAUCGGUUGCUGGGCAACGGCACAUACGAGGCCGCCUUCCCCCCCCACGAGGGCGGGUACAAGAGCAGGCACCCCAUAAAGACCCAUGGGGCCCAGAACCACAGACACCUCCUGUAUGAGAGGUGGGCUCGCUGGGGCAUCUGGUACAAGUACCAACCCCUGGACCUUAUCAGGCGGUACUUUGGGGAGAAGAUCGGUCUGUACUUCGCCUGGCUGGGCUGGUACACGGGCAUGCUGAUCCCUGCUGCUCUGGUGGGCCUGUUUGUGUUCCUCUAUGGCCUGUUCACCAUGGACUCCAGCCAAGUCAGCAAAGAGAUCUGCGACGCCAACACCACCAUCAUGUGUCCCAUGUGUGAGGAGUGCGAACCCUGGACACUCAGCGACAGUUGUGUGUACGCAAAGGUGACCCAUCUGUUUGACAAUGGGGGCACUGUGUUUUUUGCCAUCUUCAUGGCUAUAUGGGCUACAGUCUUCCUAGAGUUCUGGAAGAGGAGGAGGGCGGAGCUCACGUACGACUGGGAUCUGAUAGACUGGGAGGAGGAGGAGGAUGAGCUGAGGCCACAGUUUGAGGCAAAGUACUCCAGGGUGGAGAGAGUGAACCCCAUCUCCGGCAAACCCGAGCCCUUCCAGCCCCUCACGGACAAACUCAGCCGGCUCAUGGUGUCUGUAUCGGGGAUCUUCUUCAUGAUCUCCCUGGUGUUGACGGCGGUGUUUGCCGUGGUGGUGUUCCGGCUCAUCGCCAUGGAGAAGUUCGCCUCCUUCGACUGGGAGUUUGUGAAGAAGAACUGGCAGUUUGCCACCUCUGGCACUGGGGUCUGCAUCAACUUUGUGAUCAUCAUGUCUCUCAACGUGGUAUAUGAAAAGGUGGCUUACCUGCUCACCAACCUAGAACACCCGCGCACAGAGUCCGAGUGGGAGAACAGCUUCGCCCUCAAGAUGUUCCUGUUCCAGUUCGUCAACCUGAACAGCUCAACGUUCUACAUCGCCUUCUUCCUCGGGAGGUUUGCAGGCCGGCCCGGGAAAUACAACAAGCUGUUCAACAGGUGGAGGCUGGAAGAGUGUCAUCCAAGCGGCUGUCUGAUUGAUCUGUGCCUCCAGAUGGGCGUCAUCAUGUUCUUCAAACAGAUCUGGAACAACUUCAUGGAGCUGGGUUAUCCUCUGCUGCAGAACUGGUGGUCACGCAGGAAGAUGAAGCAGGGAGGAGGGGGGGGCCCGAACGCAGAGACCACGGCCACGCUCCCGCAGUGGGACAAGGACUGGAACCUGCAGCCCAUGAACGCCCACGGACUGGUGGACGAGUAUCUGGAGAUGGUGCUUCAGUUCGGCUUCACCACUAUCUUCGUGGCAGCGUUCCCGCUGGCCCCUCUGCUGGCACUGCUCAACAACAUCAUCGAGAUCCGUCUGGACGCCUACAAGUUCGUGACCCAGUGGAGGCGGCCCAUGCCCGCCCGGGCCACCGACAUAGGUAUCUGGCACGGGAUCCUGGAGGGCAUCGGGGUGCUGGCGGUCAUCACCAACGCCUUCGUCAUCGCCAUCACCUCCGACUACAUCCCCCGCUUUGUCUACGCCUUCAAAUAUGGGCCCUGCGUGGACAAGGGAUACCGCAACGAGAAGUGUUUGCGAGGCUACAUGAACAGUAGCCUGUCGGUGUUUGAAAUGGGCGAGGCUUACAACGGCAGCCAGGGGCAGACCCGCUUCUGCCGUUACCGUGACUACCGGGCCCCCCCCUGGAGCCCCGCGCCCUACGACUUCACCCUGCAGUUCUGGCACGUGCUGGCGGCCCGCCUGGCCUUCAUCAUCGUCUUCGAGCACUUGGUGUACGGCAUCAAGUCGUUCAUCGCGUACCUGAUCCCAGACAUGCCCAAGGGCCUGUGUGAGCGCAUGCGGAGGGAAAAGUACCUGAUGCAGGAGCUGAUGUACGAGGCCGAGCUCACGCACCUGCACAAGGAGAAGAAGAAGAACGGCAAGCGCUACCACCACGAGUGGCCUUAG